CUCCUUCCGGCCAGGUGAUGAGGGCGGAGAUGGCGACCAAGCAGCUGGCCCGGCAACUUGGAUUAAUUAGAAAAAGUUCCAUAACUUCCUCAAAUGGCAAGAAUCAGACUAGAACAAAGUCAAGUAAGUGGGCAGUCGUUUGACUAUUUAAUUAUUAUUGACUUUGAGUCUACAUGUUGGAAAGAUGGUAAACGUCAUUACAGCCAGGAAAUAAUUGAAUUUCCAGCAGUUUUGUUAAACACUUCAACUGGAGAGAUUGAAUCUGAAUUCCACAUGUACGUCCAGCCUGAGGAACAUCCAAUUCUUUCUGAAUUUUGUACUGAACUAACUGGCAUAAAGCAGAAUCAAGUUGAUGAAGGGGUUCCUCUUAAUAUUUGCUUAUCACAAUUUUCUAAGUGGAUUCAAAAGAUACAAAAGGAGAAGAAAAUUAUUUUCAAUUCAGAUGUUUCAAGCCAUUCUGUUUCUGAAGCUAAAUCAAGUACCUUUGUUACUUGGUCAGACUGGGAUCUGGGGGUUUGUUUGCAGUAUGAGUGCAAAAGGAAGCAGCUGCGAAAACCUGAUAUUUUAAACUCUUGGAUUGAUCUCAGAGCAACAUACAAGCUCUUCUACACUAGAAAGCCAAAAGGACUAAAUGGUGCUUUACAGGAUCUGGGGAUAGAAUUUGCAGGACGGGAACAUUCUGGGUUGGAUGAUUCUCGGAAUACUGCCCGUCUUGCUUGGAGGAUGAUCUGUGAUGGAUGUGUGAUGAAAAUUACUAAAUCUUUGGAUAAGGUACAUCCAAAGAAGAAUUCAGUGUCCAGAUCUUUGAAUAUGAACCCCACUGAAGAGAAUCCACUGGGAAGUGAUGAUGGUGCUGAAACUUCAGCUAAAGAUAGAAUUUGCAACAGCAGUUGUCUAGCUGAGAAUGAACAUAAUAAAAUUGAUAAAAUGGUUAUAAACUCCAAUGUAAAGGGAAAAGACCAGCAAGAGUCCAGUUCUACAAGUUCCUCUGCAAAUGUCCAUGUUGGAUCUAGAAUCAGUACAAAGAUUGAUGGAUGUGGUCAAACCCAAAGCUGCUUACCUCCACAUAUUGGCAGACUUCCUGUUCCCUUUGGACAACUACAGGCUUCUCAUUGUAAUUUACUGACGGGCAUCCAGAAUGGAUUAAAUAAUGGACAUCUUAUUUCUACUUCCAAGUAUAGCUCUUCAGUACUUGGUUCAGGGCUAGUGCUUGUCUCCACUACUAUUUCCUCUGUUAAUAUCUCUAAUGUAGAUAUAAGUACUAGUUCUGAUUGUUUAUCUAUGUUGGCUGAUUGGGAAGAUGUAGCUUUAAUACCAGAAUCACAGCAUGAAGAAAAUACAGACUCUGUGAAGCUUAAAGAUGACCCAGAUGCAAAGACUUCAUCAGUCUCUGGAGAAGGGAUGGUUUUGAAAAAACCAGCUAUGAAGAAUUCAGACUUUGAAUGUUUGGGGCAAAGUAAUGAACAUUUGGAGGCUUCUAAGUCUAUUGUGUACAAAAGUCCUAAUACUACUAUCUAUGAUGUAGGAUUAGCCCAAAGGCAAGCCUUAAAUUGUUCUGCUUUUAAGUUACCAUCUGCGAAGGUAAAUGCUACUUUAUCAAGUACAGUAUUAACUGGAAAUCAUUCCACCCCUUUCUCUCAGACUCCUAAGAGGAAACCAUCUAGUCCGAAAACUUUACCUCCAUCAAAAAAACAGUCAUUCACUGUACAUGAAGAUGAAGCUGCAUCUUCUGAUCAGCCCCUAUCUUUGAGAAAUUCAAGUUCAUACAAAGUGCCUACUGUUCUCUUAAACUCCACAGUCCGCCUGAACCAAUCUUUAAAAGCUGUAAAAAGUGACAAACUGACUCCACCCUUAUGUAACUGUGGUCGAAGGGCUAAAAGACUAAAUGUGUCCAGUGCUGGUCCAAAUCAUGGCAAAGUAUUCUACAGUUGUCCUGUUGAAAAACAUGAAGGGAAGAAGAGAGGCUGUGGAUAUUUCAAGUGGGAGCAUGUACUUCUAAAGGAAAAAUCCACUAAUGCUAUUUCUACUCUUUCCCCCACUGCAGCUGGUUUAAUAUCUCCUGGAAUAAACUCAGAUUCUUCAGGAAAUUCUCACAGGAAAUAUCCGGGUCUCAGACCUUCUAUGAGAACUUGAAUGUUAAUUAAUUUUUGUCCAAAUCUUAACAUAUGCUAAGUGUUCACUCAUACUACGAAAAAAAUUAAGCAAAUGAUGCCACAGAUUUCAAUUUUAUGAGGAUUGGGCAUAAGCGACAUUGCUGGGCUUACUUCAGAUCAAAAUGGAACUCGUGAAGCAUAAGUGGAGACAGUCAGACAUUAAUAACUUGAGAAAAUUUGAGGAGGUUAGCGUGACUAACAUGAAAGUAUAAGCAGCUGGUAUCUCAAGUUUUAAUAUUUUUAUUCUCUUAUCAGGUAUUUUAGAUUUUUUUUACCAGCCCAAUCCUUAAAUAUUAGUGUUAGUGAUACAAAUUUUGUUUAUGUGACUACAUUUUCCUAAAAAUACAUCUGUAUAUAAAUAACUCUUUACAAUGUAUGCAUAUAUCUUUAACUCUUUCUGUCUAAGAAAUGAUUCUUGAAGCAGUAAUGAUGGUUUUAAAAUUAUUUUAUAUAGUCUUUAUUACUGAAAUGAAAUAAAGGUAAACGUAAAUUCCUGUGACAUUUUGAGUAAAUAAACUUAAAAGUACCAUAGCAAAAAUGUUAACCCUUCAGUUGAUGUAACAUUUAUUUUUCUAUCAGUCUAUCUCUAUUCUCACACCAUGCUCAUUACACAGUGUCUGGGACAGUCAAAUGUUAUGUCAAGGCAGAUAUUUAGAUACCUGUACUUUACUUAAUAACAGAGACUACCUUGUAAAUCCACCCACUUUCACUAAAUGAAUACUUAAAUUCCAGGAUUAUCAUAAGUGAAAACUCAAUUUUGGGAAGAUUUUCCUACCCUAAAAGGAAAUUUUAGGGAAAAUAUUUUUAUAUAUCAGUUCCAACCACUGCUUACUGUGAACAUAAAUAUGAAUGCUGAGAAGCAAAAGCAUAGUCAUUGACUUGAAAAUUUAUGCGUAAACCCUAGAUUACCAAUUUACCAGGUUUAUGGGUGCAUUAAAAAUGUAUGAUAGAAAGAGAAACGGUUGUAGUAGAAAGGAUUAACCAAAAAAUAUCUGAGAGCUGUGAACCAGGAGUAUGCAAGCAGUGAGUACAGAUGCUUAUUGCAUGUGUAUUAUUUAAAACUAACAGAUACGGAAAACUGCUUAUGCAGGUUAAUCGUCUUUACAAAUUUUUGUUUUAAUAAAUAUAUUAACACUUAAACUGAGGAAAGCCUUGCAACUUCUGUGCCCAGAACACAGGAGGAACUGAAUGCAGGCAAGUACACUCAAAUUUGUUUGCUCCAGGAGCUUGGACAUGAACGCUGUUGAAUAACUGAGCUGGAAGAGCAUCUUGGAUAUUGAAAUGCACAAGAACACACAAACUUUGCUAUUAAAUUCUUAUAUCCAGCCACUACCACAGAUAGUAAUUUUUAAACAGGAGUAGGAUUUAGGCCAGACAUGCAAUCAUGGAUCCUGGUAUCAUUCUGUCAGAACUUAACAACAUGUUUAGUGACCUGGCCUGGAAAUGUGGACUAUCUUGAAUAGCAAGUUUCAGUGUUUAAUAAGCACUUUGAGUUGGAAGAUGCUAUAGAAAUAAAAAGUGGUGGUUUUGUUUGCAUGUCUAUUUCCCAGCAGGCUUUUCUAGUUAAUAGCUACUUCAUAGUAGUGCUAAGGUUUGAGUUUUGGAAACAUGGGUUUGGGGCUUACUACUAUGUACACUGUUUUCCUGUGUGCUUUUAUAACUAGACAACUGGAGUGAGAAUAAUAAAACUAAGUGUUUUUAACUGAGACAAAGUGCUUUUAGGCUUUUUAUGCCUAGAACAAAUGGGAAAGAAUGCUCACCAAGGAUCUAACCCUGCAUUGCUUGCAUAGCCAAAAUUUUCACUACAGUCAGUGAAGUUUUAGUUGUGCAUACA